CAGCCAAGUCAUCGUCUUUUAGUGGCGCUCCAAAAUAUGCCUGGAUUCAUGUGGGUAGAGCAGGUUUGGAAACGGACGAGAAAAGUGUCGAACAGCAUCUCAAGUUGAAAUUUCCUAAUAGAAAAUUCAUUGUGGAAGCACUACCACAAAGGGAAGGUGCAACUAGCCGCUCAUUUAAGGUAGGUGGUGAUUUGGACAUGGUCGAAGAACUUUAUAAGAGUGAAAAUUGGCCAGAGAAUAUAUCCAUAAAAAGAUAUAAAUUUCUUCGAAUCAGAGAUAAUAUCAGGGAUAAAUAGGCGUACAAUGAACCAACCACAAAAAAAAGAACCAUUUUCAAUAGCGAACGUUAACCUGCAAUCCUUAAAAAAUAAAAUUGAUUUUUUCUCGAGUAUUCUAAAUGAUAAUAAUUAUGAUUUGUGCUGUGUUUCUGAGCAUUGGGCAUCAGAGGAUAUUCUGAGCCGGGUAAAUAUUGCUAAUUACGUAGUUGCAGACUCUUAUUCCUGCUCUGACGAGGAUUAUGGUGGGGCAGCAGUUUUCAUUAAGAACACAAUACAUUACAAUAAAUUACCUGAAAUAAAACAAAUGAGUAUUGAUCAUCAUUUUGAGGUAGCCGCUGUAAAAAUUCCAGACAAACAUUUAGUGAUUGCUAGUAUAUAUAGACCACCUAAAGGCCAAUUUGAUCUUUUCAUAUCGGGAUUGUCUGCAUGUUUGGAUGAGAUGACGAGGGGGACGUUAGAGAAGAUUUGUGUUGCAGGCGAUUUCAAUGUUAAUUUCCUGGAAAGUAAUAAGUAUUCAAAUGAAGUCUUGAAUUUGUUCGAGUCGUACGGAUUAUUCCCGGCUUUCAAUGAGCCUAGCAGAGUUAGUCGAAAAUCAAAAACUUGUGUUGACAAUAUAUUUAUUACGAACAUAUGCAAGGAAACUUACAAAAGUAAAACAUACGACCCACACUUGUCGGAUCAUUCAGUACAAGAAAUUAAAUUGCUUAAUGAGACAUCUGUAACAAAAAGGAAAUAUAUAACUAGGCAUAUGAUAACGAGGAGAAAUAUAAUUAAAUUUGAGGAGAAACUAAGUGAUAUUGACUGGGAUUCACUCAAAUCCGAAAGAGCUGAAGAGACUUUUGAUAGAUUUCAUGCAGUAUUUAAAGGCUGCUUCGAUAGCUGUUUUCCUUUGAAGACAGUAAAUGUAAACAGGAAUAAAAAAUAUGUUCACAGAAAUGCUUCAAAUGUGGCUUUGAAGAAGGCAGUUGAUGCGGCUCUGACAAUCCACAGUAUUCGUCAGAGUGAUGACUCCAAGAAACUCGUAGAAUUGUUGAAACGAUCUCUGAGAGAAAGUCACACUGCAGAAAAGAAGAAAGUGAACAGUGAGUAUAUAAGUUCAUCAGAGGAUAAAACAAAGGCCAUAUGGAGAGUAAUAGGGGAAGAAACUGCUGAGUCGAGAGAGAAGAGGAAAGAAGAAGAUGACACCAGCUUUGUAAAUGACUCGUCCAGGAGAGCAGAACUAGAAAUUAGAGGUGCCAAGACCUUGGCUUGUGCUGAAAAAUGGUUUAGCGUGAAUGGAUUAAAACUCAAUGUGGAUAAGUCCCACCGUAUGAUAGUAGCCGACAAUGAGGCUCCGCAGUGUAUCAGAUUGUUAGGUGUGACUGUGGACAAUCGACUUACCUGGAACACUCACACAACAUCACUAUUGAAGAGGCUUUCGACUGCAAUUUUCACCAUACGUAGGAUGAGGGAGGUUGCAGGCACGGACAUAUCUAGGUUGACCUAUUUCGCCAACUUCCACCAGACUGCUACAUACGGCAUAAUAUUAUGGGGUCAUAGUUCCGGACUGAUUGAUGUACUCCUGAAACAAAAGGAAGCUGUCAGAGCCAUUCUUGGAGUCCCAAGAAUCAUUUCAUGCAGAGAGUUGUUUCGAUCAUUGGGUAUACUCACCGUAACAUCUGUGUAUAUACUUAACUGUAUAAUGUAUGUCCAUGAUAAUAGAGCUAAAUUCAGGAAAAAUGAUGACAAUCAUCACUAUGGUACACGGAACAGAAAUGAACUUAGCAUUGAGUAUCAUCGCCUCAAAAAAACACAGACUGGCACUAAUCAUUUUGGGGUUAAAUUUUAUAAUAGACUUCCAUCAAAAAUGCGGAUGCUUCCACGAAAUAGGUUGCUGAAGAAGAUUAAGGAAACGUUAAUUAAAAACACUGUUUAUAAGUUCGAAGAAUUCUGGAACAUUAAGUUCGAUGAAUAACCGUGCUUACAUUUUUACAUUUAUAUGUUUGGACCUU